AUGGAGUCACGCCAGAGCAUUUGCAUCGUACCAUCAAACGCACCCGCACAUUCUUCUCACCGUACAUCUUCUGUUGGUUCUGGAGUUCCAAAGCGUGUCCUGCAGGACACGUCUGGAAACGGACAAAGCUCCGUCCUGGACAACGUUAUUUUGAGCCACCCAAAAGUCUGCUCUCAGCUAGAAAACAUCGAUACCAAGAAUCGACAUUCUUCUACAAUCAACGCUCAGCAGACAGUUGCAGCCCGGCUUGAGCAGAAACGACGGGAGCGGGCGCGUCUACGUGCCAGCUCCCAAUUGCCUAUUCUUACGCAGCAACAACUUAAUAGUCCAGAGUAUCAACAAUACCGAGCACGUCAACGGCAGAAUACCGGGGAGGAUGGUGAGCCUGUAUGGCCGGACGAGGUGGAAGAAGCUUUCUUAGAAGCUCCAAUCGGGAGGAGAAAAGUAUCCCAGCAUGGCAAGCCAUGUGGAAGGAACGAGCUCAUUGCGGAUCAUAUAUUCAAGAGGACAGGUGUGCAACGUAGUCGGAAACAAGUUUCAAGUCAUAUCCAAGUCUUGAAGGGUUUCUUUAAGAAGAACCCGGCCUUCAUGGAUAGAGUGACGGCUAAGGACAACACUGGAAAUCCCUUUGCGACCCAAGAGGAGCUACGUCGAUGUCUUGGAAUGAGCCAGAGCAGUGCCUAUUCUCAUAGAAGCUCCGAUAGCAGACAAGGCUCUGGUCAUCCUUCACAUGUGGGAUUGUUGCCGUCAUCAACUGGCAGCCUGGGCUCCAAUGUACCGACCCCGGACAAGGUCACUGUGCACCCUGUUGACUUCAGCAUGUGGGUGCAGCCACGGGAGGAGACCAGUUCGACUGACAAUCGAGUCAUCCACAUAUACACGACCUUGCAGGGACAAGAGCCCCUUCCCCGGGUCUCGCUUGACAACAUCCGCCAGUGGCAAUCUCGUUUUCCCCCAUUGGCUUCUCUUUACCGUGGAGGUGGUAGUACUGAUUGCGAUAUUAUCCUUAUGGAGGCGUCCAUCAAUUUGACUGUUGAAUAUCCUCUUUCCGGUCUCGUUUUUGGCAAUCAUCUCGAGCUGACGACGAGCAACGACGGCUCCGCAUACGAUAACUGGGAGUGCCUUACAACAAUAUAUACCCGAGACGGCCCAGCAGAGACACGCUUCAAAUCCAACUUUCUCCGUCAAGCCGACGGGACCGCCCGAGUCAGUCUGGGCUUCCAUAGCAAGUUCUGGGCUGGCCUGUUCUCUAGUAUAACCGCCAAUUGUCUACUCCACAAAGCCCAAGGGGACAUGGACAGCCUUGCCCACGAAGAGGACAAGGCACGCUCAUUUGUUCGCGGAAUGACGGCUGUGCAGGAGCUCUACGCCACGCCCAAGACGGGCUGGCCAGCACCGCACCGCAUUGCCAUACUCAUCUGGAAAUUCCGCCUCACGGGACCCGGCGAAGUUGGCAGUGCUACCUGGCGACGCGUUGUUCCACCGGCAUCAUCAUCUACGCUACCACCAUCCUCACUCGCAUCCUCACACAUGAUUCCACGGUCAUCGCCACCCAUCCCCACCGCUCCGCAAAUUGCGUCUAUGAAUUUCCAGCGCUCUCUCUCCUCUGACGAGAACAACAACAGCACCAACAGCAUUAAUAUCAACAACGAUGACAGCCUCAACGACCCCGACGAUGGGGUUGUAGACAUUAAUCUCUCAGAUUUCGGCGGACCCGACGACCCUUCGUCUGCAAUUUCCUCACACAAUACCUCCGGCCAUCACCACCAGCCGCAGCACUUAUUAUCUCCUGCGGACUCGCUCAGCCAACAAGCUCUCGAUUCACUCAGUCAACAGACCCACAACGGUCACCACCACCACCACCACCACCUUGGGCUCGGCUUCUCUUCAUCCCAUCAACCCGUUGUUACUUCAUCCCAUUUCACGUCCUCUCCGAAAUUACCCGACUAUCAGCUCGUCACCGGAGUUGGGGUAUCUUCUGCCUCAUUGGGCUCGGCUCUGGGCCCUACCGGUGCAGGCAAUACCGUUGGAAUUGGUUCUUGCUCUUUGGACCCCUCAGAUACCCCUGGAGUUGGAAUCGGAGUUGGAGUCGGAGCUGUCUCCCAGGGCGUUCCUGUUGGACUGCAAGCAGUCUCGCAUCACCACCACCACCACCAUCAUCAGCAGCAGCAGCAACAGCAGCAAGAGCAGCAAGACGUGACUUCGGACUUUGACCCAGCAGCUCACAUGAGCUUGUAUUAUGAUGCCGUUGGCUCCGGACUAGACGGAUACGAUCCCGCCGGGUCAUUCGCAGAGCUUUCUCCCGAAGACGUCCAGCAUUAUAGUGCCGUCCAGUGGGGACCCGCGUUCCCUCAGCUCUUGCUUGAUGCGAAUGCCCUUGGACCACAUCCUGCGUUUGACGAUAUGCGGUCUGCUCACGGACAGGAUGGGCAUGAUGGAGUGCUGGCGUUUCAAUGA